AUGGAGUUCUCUUGUUUACUGACAGAAGCCUACCGCAGCAAACAUUCGUCUCGAAAGUUGAGCCUUAAUACCAACCAAAGGCGCACUGAAGAUCUUCGGGAGCGGAAAUUGGCAGUCAUCACUGAGAAUUUCCACGUGGAGCCGGUUAACGAGAAAAGUGAGUCAGGAAAGCGACAACAUGGAACAAAAGGACUUCCCGAAACUUUUCCUAUUCCUGUAAGCAAUGCGGACUAUCGAAAUAGAGCACGCCUGGCACGGGAACGACCACAUCGACCAAAGAUUCGCCGAACCCUGCACCGAUCUUUUGGAGUAACGUCACAACUCAUACGAAGGAAUCCCUCGAACGCAAGAAACUUCACAGAAAGAACCUCCUUGGUACUGAAACCACCACAUAUAGGGCAGGUCACUUCGAAGACCGUAAUACCUUGGACAUGGCCUGAUUCCACAACGACAGCCGCAGUGACAAUCUCUGACAUUGUUGCUACAGAAGAAACUGUUGAGAAUGAGAGUACAACAAUGUCUGUGCUUGCAACGGUACCCAGUUGGGACUCAAGAAACUAUAACGUAUCAUCACAAAGCGUUGUUAUUUCCGACCUACUCGCUCCACAAUCAGCUGUGUUCAACUCCACAAUAACACUAAUCAAGGAGUUUCUUAAGGAUAAAAAGAAGAAACUGAAAGGAAAGCGGAUCAACAGGAGGAAGCAGGCAAAAAUUCCACAAACUCAAAAACCAGCUGUAUACGCCUCAAGAGACGAUGUCGUCUAUAAAAAAGAAAUACCGCAACUGAAAUUCAAGUUCAUAAAGUCGGACAAGGAUGUGCGGAUGACAAAUGUGAAAACAGACAGGAUACCGCUAAUACUGCCUUAUUCACUUGAUGUGACGAAAAAGAGGAAGCCACAGAUGGAAAAAAUCACAGAUGCACAAACGCAGGAAGGUUCAGAAUCAAUUGAGGAAAUUGGGGCUAGAAUUGAAGCCGAGGAAGCAGAACGGCAACGAGCUGACGGCGAGAAUCCAUUGAAAUAUAUGGUCAAGGAUGGGAUUCUUUUCAAGAGAAAUAAAAUACCCGUGGCUAGGAUCAGCCUAUCACCAAUGGAAACGUUCCAGGCACAAGGUGAAAAUGUUCGAAAAAGGGCAAAAACUGUCAAGAAACAAACUAUGGUAGAGUCGUCCCCAUUCGUCUCCGAGCUUAGGAAUCUCAGAAAUCACGCUGCUGUUGUUAGUCUGAAGAAUUUCGACUCGAAACGACCCAUUCCGGUGCCUCCGUUGAGUCCACCAGUUAUGAACCUUGGACAGUCGUUAAUCGUAGCAAAUGGAAUGGAGAGGGAACAUAGGAGUGAGGAAGAGGGUGCACAUUUCACUGCACAUUCAAGCAUCCCGUUUGAAAAUGAAAUAGGAGUGGAACCAGUUGACGUGACACAAAACGAUCUUAUUCAUGACAUUCAGUCGCCGCCUCCCUAUCCAUUCAGUCAUUGCUACAUGAACAUUGAUGGAUUCAUGUGUUGCAAUCGAUACCUAGAGUCGCUAAUGCGAAGAAGCUUUCGAAAGUUGAGAAGAGCACACAGAUUCCAUGAAUGUAGUGUACAGAAAAUCGCUAACAGAAUACAAACGGAUUGUGAGAAUGUAUUCAACACAACCUUCGAAGUAGUUGUGGGCAUUGACGAUUUUGCGAUUCGAGCACAUUUUGCUGGCGAUCUGAUGUGUAAGAUCCAGGAAGGAGGACGCUUUCUUACCGCUUACGCUACUACGAUGCCUACACGAGACGGAGCUGCACUGGAUCCACUUCAUGUGGUUACAAAAAUCGAGAUGAACUUACGAGAUCGAGAUGAUCGACAAAUGGGUGACUCCAUCCAAUUCCCUGAGAGACAAUUCGAUAGCGCCGUCCAACCUGCACAAAUCCUCGACGAUAUUCGUCGAAGAAAUCGAGCACAAGACAUUCCAUUCCACGAAAAAUCACGAGAGGACAUAGACAACGAAAAUAUAAUCACUAGGAGUUGA